AUGUCAAUGAUAUGUUUUCAACAAAUAAAAAGAUACUUACAUAUUUCAGAUAUUAAUUCUGAAAAACUUUAUUGGUUUGAUAAGGUUGAACCUCUUAUGUCACAUGUUCGAAAUAUUAGCAAACAAAUGUAUGUACCAGGUUCGAAUGUAGCGAUUGAUGAAAUGAUAGUAUGGUUUUCAGGGCAUAGUAAACAUACAUUUAAGAUGAAAAAUAAAUCUAUAUCUGAAGGUUACAAGAUAAUAUCAUUAUGUGAAAAAGGCUAUACUUACACAUUUGUACUGGAAUCACAUGUUGAAAAUAAUAAUGAAAUUCAAAGCAUUUUUGGUCUUAGCAAAACAGGAUCUCUAGUUUCAUAUCUUGUUAUGCAAUUAUCUAAUAGUCGGGCAUAUAAUAUUUAUAUGGACAAUUAUUUUGCAAGUAUGCCUCUUUUUAAUUAUUUACGAAUUAAAGGUUAUGGUGCUUGUAGUACAGUACGAACAAAUUCUGCAAUAUUUUCUAAAGAAUUAAAAGUUGAAAAAUCUAUACGUUUGAAUUGGGAUACUUUAGCUAGAGUAGUAGUAAAUAAUGUUUUAAUAAUUUUUUGGAUGGAUAAUAGUCCCGUCCAUAUGCUCUCAACAAUUCAUGGUAUCAAAGAUAAUGAGUAG